AUGCCCCUCUUCGUAAACCUCAAGAUUCUCAAGAAAGAACCAAGAGGUACUUUCCAUCAAAUAACUGACACAGACACCAACAUAACACUUGUAAGAUACAUGGACAACAGUGUUUUUACUAUAGCGUCGACAGCAACAGGCGUUCAUCCUGAGGGGAAAGCAAAGCGUUGGUCCUCUAGCAAUAAAAAACACAUCGUUGUGCCACAGCCAAACUGUGUCAAUUGGUACAAUAUGAAUAUGGGUGGGGUGGAUAGGCUAGAUGAAAAUGUAUCUACCUACCGUAUUCAUAUUCGCAACAAAAAGUGGUAUUUGGCCCAAUGGUUGCAAUACAUGCUGAAUGUGAGUAUGAAUAAUGCUUGGAUUUUAUACAGAAUGACGCCAAAAGGAGCUGAAGAACAAUUAGAUCUUCUUGGAUUCACCCGCUACAUUGUCCGUACGUACAUGCGAACAUGCACAAAGCCAUCGAUCCUCUGCUGGACGGCCAAGCCAGACAGUAUCCAGUAG